GAGGUGCACGCUCAACAGCAAGGCCUCCGCAAUGCUGCUGAUAUGACGUCCAUACAAGCCAAGUACACACAAGGGCAAAGGCCAAGUACUCGGAGUCGGACCACACGCGCGCAGGGCUUGCGUUCCAUAGUUUUGCUUUGAUCAGGGAGAAGCGCGAAGAAAAGAUACGAAAACCUGCCAGCUUUGAACAACGGCGCAGUCAAGCGCUGAUUCCAAACCUCUUGACAAAAGGUCCGCUGCUCGGGCAUAAGAGCCAACCGAUCGUCCGACCCGGAGUUUGCGCGCACAGCGAGCAGCGUGCAACAAGCGGCAUCAGCCAUGAAGACCAACAUCGUGGUCUGCCUCGUCGCAGUGGCCUUCGGCCUGGCCUUUGUCCGGGGUCAAGAGGACGUCUGCCACCUUCCGGUCGUGAGAGGUCCCUGCCGCGCCGUGAUUCUGCGAUGGUUCUUCAACAGCACGACGGGAAACUGCGAGAGGUUCAUGUACGGUGGAUGCCGGGGCAACGCCAACAACUUCGAGAGCCAAGAAGAGUGCCGGCUCUCCUGCAAAAAUGCUCACAGCACGCAGCAGAUGGUCGAAACCAGCUUUGACGAGAGCUGCAAGCCCGCGGCGGAGCCCGGUGUGUGCGAUGCCUACAUGCCACGCUGGUUCUUCAACGUGGACACGGGAGCCUGCGAGCGCUUUAUCUAUGGCGGCUGCGGAGGCAACCUCAACAACUACCUGAGCUCCGCGGAGUGCGAGAGAACCUGCCUGCGGCGCGCCGAAACGCUUGAUUCAGCGUACCGCUCUGGGUGCUCAACUUGUGGAUGGACCCCUCAUUGGUAUCCUUUUCCAGCACGCAGCAUGCAGCAGGUGGUCGAAGCCAGCUUCGAGGAGAGCUGCAAGCCCGCAGCGGAGCCCGGUGUGUGCGAUGCCUACAUGCCACGCUGGUUCUUCAACGUGCACACGGGAGCCUGCGAGCGCUUCAUCUAUGGGGGCUGUGGAGGCAACGCAAACAACUACCACAGCUUCGCGGAGUGCGAAAGAACCUGCCUGCGCCGUGUGGUAACGCCCCGCCGCUCGCCCCAGAUGGCCGGAGUCGACUUUGAGGUAGGCUGCAAGCCCGAGGCGGACAGCGGCGUGUGCGACGCCCACAUCAGGCGCUGGUUCUUCAACGUGAAGACAGGUCAAUGUGAGACGUUCGUCUACGGCGGUUGCGGAGGCAACGAGAACAACUACAAAAGCCGGAAGAAUUGCGAGAUCGCCUGCCUACGCGGUUGAGGGACCCUUCCCGGCCUCCGACGACAACCCGCUGGAGUCAUUAUGUGCAAAUAAACCUUGUCACACCAACAAAA